GACCACAAAUUACUCAAAAUAAAUUAUUAAAAAAAUUCAUAUUUAUUCUCCUUCACAAGGAUUCUUCAUCAAAGAGAGAUUUCAUACAAAAUGGCAGCAAAAGCAAUUUCCUUUGCUCUUUUUCUUGCCAUAACAAUGGCGUUCGCAAUCCAACUCUCACAUACUGGUGGAGAAGGAUCACUUACAGCAGAUCAAUGUCCGGGAGCGUGCGAAUUUAGGUGUUCGGCGACGUCGCAUAAGAAGCCAUGUUUGUUCUUCUGCAACUUGUGCUGUCAGAAAUGUUUGUGUGUUCCGUCUGGAACAUAUGGGAACAAAGAAGAGUGUCCUUGCUACAACAAUUGGAAGACCAAAGAAGGAACCCCUAAAUGUCCUUAGAAUAUUUAUUCUUUUAAUUCAAAAAAAUAUGUAAUUUUCGUGAUCGAUUUCCUCUUCCAUAUUUACCUCAAAAUAUUCACUUAUUAUAUGAUCAAAAUUCAGAUAACUGCCGGAUGUGCUUUUUGUUUGAAUAUUAUUGGAAGAAGAUGUUGUAUGAAGUAAUAAUGAUAAAUAAUGGGGGCUUUAUGUUUGUCAUGGUCACUGGAAAAAAUAUUAUUUUAUUUUGUUGCUAAUCGUAUAACUGUAGAUUAUUUUUACUUUGCUAACACCCACUUCAUCAUUGACACAUGGCUAAACUGUAAUUUUUUUUAUUUGGGUUAUUAUUAAAGUUAUACGGUUGAU